AUGCCUCGCUACGUCGCCCGAGAGCCUGACUUGGCUCCAAGUCUUUCGGGAGCCCUGAGUCUGCAGAGACCAGGUGACUUCAGAACUGUGAGCCAAGUCAGGCUCUCGAACAGCAGUGCCAGCCCAGCAAUCGCAUCUUCGUCGAGAAGUGUUGCUGCCAAUACAUCAAGCCAAUCCGCACAACCGAGAGUCGCUGCCGCAAGGCAAAAUACCCACCAAGCCGCUCAAAGCGCACCGCAGAACUCUCCUCCUUCGGCUACACGGCCACCCAGGCUGAUUAUACGGCUAAUUCAUAAUCCACAACCAGUACAAUCAGUGGAAGCGGACGAGGAAGAGGACGAAGAAGAAAGGGGGGCGGACGUUCCUCGCCAAUCAAUAGAGAAUGAGGCGGAGGAUGAGAGUGAUAAUGAGAAUGAAGAGGAAGACGGAGACGCAAUGGAGGAGGAUGGUGAAGAAGGGGGGCCGGAUGCGACUCGCUUAUCGGUGGAAAAUCCAGGGGGGGACGGGGACGACAGUGAGAACGAAGCAGAUGACAGAAUGGAGGAAGACGAGGAAGCUGAGGAUGGCAAAGAAGAAGAAGAAGACGGAGAAGAGGAAGAAGUGGAAGAGGAAAAUGAGGCUGGUCGUCAAAGAACACCACCAAUCCCACAAACUCGUGUAUCCCGCUCUCCCGCUCCCUCUCCAUCGCCAGAACCACGAUCACGGCAUUCACCAAAAACCUCACCAUCUCCUUCCGCAAGACGAUCACCGUCUCCAGUACCACAACCAGGCCGUUCUCCGGCACCGUCACCAUCCCCUUCUCCACCUCCAUCAUCCUCACCAGAACCACAAUACGGAUCUCCAUCCCCAUCCCCAUCCCCAUUUCCCUCGCCCACGCCCUCAAUAACCAGAUCUGCACGCCCAUCACAAUCCCGCUCUCCGUCUCGCUCUCCAUCUCGCUAUGUACCACGCUCUUGGUCACGCUCCCCAACUAGAUCCCCUCCACCCCUCCGUCUCCCAUCCCGACAACCCUCACCGGUCUUCCCUCGUCGAGCCAGGUCUCCAGCAACGCGACUCAACCCCCGUCCACAAUUCAAACCCGCCACGGAGACAUCGCCACGGGUAUUUAUCAGGCCCUGGAAAGCGUGUUGGCAGCGGCUAGCGGCUUGGAUAGAGGAGCUGGAAGAGAGGGGCAAGAAUGGCAUGUAUUGGAUGUACAUUUGGGAACUUGUUGCUAAUGAGGGGGUGGAUUUGCUUAUGGAGGUUGACAAUGAUUGGGAGCAGGCGUGA